AUGUCCAAUACUAAUAAUAGUCACAGUUCAGAGAUAGAUAUAAUCAUGGAACAACACGAUAUGCCAUAUGAAGAAUUGGUACCAGAUUAUGAAAAUUUCCAUGACCAGGAUUUGAUGCUAAGCAUGGAAAAUAUGGAGACAUACGAUAUCAACUUGAGUGAUAUUGUUAAUCAGGCUGGUUUCCUGCCGUCCCCUGGUUCAGACACCAUGGAUAUUGCAUCCAAACCAAUGGUUGAAUUCCCUUUCUCUCCGCGAGGUCCACCAGCUCGCCUCUCUUUCCCCGGGGACCUCAACUUCACUUUGGAAGUCAACAGCAAGGAUGUACAUAAGAAAACCUUCUUGUACUCCCACCGUCUGAACCGUAUCUACGUGGACAGAAAGUGUAACUUCAGCAUCCAGUUCAACUGGGACUACAUUAAUGCUCCACAAAUGUUCGUGAGGUCCACCGUCGUGUUCUCGGAUGAGGCGCAGGCCGAGAAACGAGUGGAAAGGUGUGUUCAACACUACCAUGAGAGUUCUACGGCUGGUAUGCAAGCGGAAAUGGCAAAGAAUGUCCUCCACUCAUCCCGAGACAUCGGCACCCAGGGUGUGUACUACUGCGGGAAUGUAGACAUGGCAGAUUCCUGGUACUCCGUACUGGUGCAGUUCGACAGGAACGGACCGGAGCCCUGCACCCACGCUUACCAGUUCUCUUGCAAGAACUCCUGCGCCACCGGUAUUAAUAGGCGAGCUAUCGCCAUCAUUUUCACCCUGGAAGAUAAGACCGGACAAGUCUACGGUCGUCAGAAAGUAGGUGCCAGGGUGUGUGCCUGUCCCCGCCGAGACAUGUCGAAGGAUGAGACAGCUGAGGGUGUCUACAAGACUGGCAAGAAACGUAUCCCGUCCAACCAGAUCGACCCGCCCAAGACCAAGAAGAUCAAAAUCGAGAACAACUUGAUGGAAUUUGACGAUAAAUUGGAAAUCGUGGGAUCCCGAGCAGCGUUGUGCGGCCUCAAAACUAUGCUGGAAAUGAUGGAGCUCGCAGUCGAAUGCAGGAAGAAGAACGAGCCAGACGUCACAGCCCAGUAUGCGCCACGCAUUGCCAACCUUAAAGCCGCUAUACAGAAGAUCGAAAAUACAAAAGCACCGCCAGCACCGACAGGGCCGACAGCGCCGUCGUCACAGUAACUUGUACCUUAUAGAAGUAAGAUGUUCUUAUUUAGUUAUCUACGUUAUAAUUAUUAUUAUUAUGUUUGUAUUUCUGAUUUCCAAGUUUAUUGAAAUUUAAUUUUCAUUUUGUAUGUGAUCAUGACGUUUUUUAACCCGUCGAGCGUCCGCGUUUCUUAUGAUCCAACGGGUGCACACGUGACAUUUGGAGAAAGAAAGAAAUAAAGAAAGAAAAUGCAUUUAUUUGGCCAUUGGCACACGAAAACAAGCAUCAUUACAAUAGAAAUAAAACAAAUACAGUCAAAAUAAAAACAAAACAUUAAUAAUAGAUUUUAUAAAAGAGAAAGCAGCAUGGAGCAUUUUUUCUUAUGAUCCACCGGGUGCUCAUAAGGACGCUCGAGGGGUUAAGUACAGUGAGAGUACAUUAAUUGGUGCCAGUCGCAUUAUUAGAUUUGAGGUGGAUGAGAUACAGUUUUUCUGGGCCUUUAGCCAAACGCCACUAUAGCGCUUGUAUACAGAGAAUAGAAAUCAAAAUGUAUGCGGAUGACACUGACAAGUGUCAAACUUUACGUCAAUUCCAUAUAAUUUAGUUUUCUAUUCUACAUGUAGACAAGCGCUAAAUGGCAUUUGGCUACAGCUACUGGUUCUUAGUUCCAAAGAAUAUUGUGAGUUUGUCGUUGCGUAUAAAUAGUAGCGUAAGAUCUUUUGACCAAUAUAUACCAAGAUUACCAAGGUCAACACAUCCGUUCAAAUCCUGACAUGUAAGCUAGUAUGACUAAAUUUACGCCUCUCGAGCGCCGCUAACCGAAAACUCACUGCACUGCAAAUAUACAGUAACUGUAUUAUUUUCUCAUCCACACCGUUAUAUACAUUAUUUCCGACGUUUAGAGACUACUUUUGUAUGUACACGUUUAAUAAUUAAGCAUGAAAAAGUAAAUACUGGCACUUUGAAGUUACCUCAAAAAAUAGACAACAUUUUGGUCCCACCCUUUAUACAUAUGUAUUUAUAAGUGUUAGACAAUAUACCGUUGAGAUUACGAAGCCGACGAGCUUUAACUUACGACCGAAUAUUCAAACUACACUCAAUCCUACGCCAUCUUUGUUUUAUUAAAAUGCAACAACUUUCACUAUGUUUAGUGAAGUUUGAGUAUUUGCUCGGUAAUCUUAGUUCCCUCCAAUUUAACAGAUAUAAUUGAGAUUACGCACAAACCAGGAGUUUUAAAUUACUAGGUACAGGCUAAUGACAAAAGCGAAAGAUUAAAUACCUACUUUUAAUGCUAUCAUACUUUUGUCGUUGACUAUACCUCCAUUUGGCUGCCCACCGAAAAAAAUCGUGACGUCAUUCGAUCACGAAGCUUCUGAUUUGCUAAACUUUUUAAUAAUCUACCAUUAAUUAUUGCGCAUUGAGAUUUGACCUCAAAAUAUGGUAGAAAACAUCACCGGAGCUAUAUAUGAUACAUACUUACAAUUUAUUACUUACGAAGCUCUUUCAUACAUUUCAUAUUCGCAAUAGAUAACAUUACUUUUAUGUGAAUUCUAUGGACAUACAAAUACUCAAAAAUAAGAAUUGAAAAAUAUUACACUUCACAAAAUGUAAUAAAACAAAAAUAGUACAUUCAUUGGCUAUAAAAAAGACUGAUAUAAUAUUUUAUUUCAAUUUGGUGGUGGACUUAACAGUAUCAACACAAAAUUAAUUACAAAUUUUAACGUUUUAAUUUUUUUUUUAAAGUCCACGGCAUAAAUGAAUUCUGCAAUUAC